GGGCCGGGCCGGCUGCGCGCCGCGGGGCAUGGGCGCGCCGGGGGCCCCCGGGCACAGGCCGGCGGCGGCAAGGCGCCCGGGGCGCGGGGGCAGCGGCGGGCGGGGGUCCUCCCUGGCGGCCGCCGCUGAGCCCCCGCGGGGCCCGUGACGCCGCGGCCGAUGUGGCCCCGCGCGCGCUGCGGGCCUGCACCGCCGCCUCACAAAGACGCCGCCGGAGCCGCCGCCCGCACCCGGCCGGCGGCCGCCGCGGGAGCCCGAGCCGGAGCCCGAGCCCGAGCCGGAGCCGCAGCCGCUGCCGCAGCCGGGGAGGCAGGAGGCGGCGCCCGCGGGCGGCCGGCCCCGGCAUGGAGAAGCGGGCGGCCGCGGGGCCGGAGGGGGCGCCGGGCGCCCGGGCUCAGCUCGCCGUCGUCUGCCUGAUAAACAUCGUUCUCACCGGGCGACUCAGCAGCGCAGUUCCUGCCUUAGCCGCCUGCAGUGGGAAGCUGGAGCAGCACACGGAGAGGCGCGGUGUCAUCUAUAGCCCGGCCUGGCCCCUCAACUACCCCCCGGGCACCAACUGCAGCUGGUACAUCCAGGGUGACCGCGGGGACAUGAUCACCAUCAGCUUCCGCAACUUUGACGUGGAGGAGUCCCACCAGUGCUCCCUGGACUGGCUCAUGCUGGGCCCAGCAGCCCCACCCCGCCAGGAGGCCUUCCGACUCUGCGGCUCCGCCAUCCCACCUGCCUUCAUUUCGGCCCGGGACCACGUCUGGAUCUUCUUCCACUCUGAUGCCUCCAGCUCCGGCCAGGCCCAGGGCUUCCGUCUGUCGUACAUCCGAGGGAAGCUGGGCCAGGCGUCCUGCCAGGCCGACGAGUUCCGCUGUGACAACGGCAAGUGCCUGCCAGGCCCGUGGCAGUGCAACACCGUGGACGAGUGUGGCGAUGGCUCAGACGAGGGCAACUGCUCGGCGCCUGCCUCUGAGCCGCCGGGCAGCCUGUGCCCUGGGGGCACCUUCCCCUGCAGCGGGGCCCGCUCCACGCGCUGCCUGCCAGCCGAGCGGCGCUGCGACGGCACGCAGGACUGCGGCGACGGCUCCGACGAGGCCGGCUGCCCCGACCUGGCGUGCGGCCGGCGCCUGGGCAGCUUCUACGGCUCCUUCGCCUCCCCGGACCUGUUCGGCGCGGCUCGCGGGCCGUCAGACCUGCACUGCACGUGGCUGGUGGACACGCAGGACCCGCGGCGCGUGCUGCUGCAGCUGGAGCUGCGGCUGGGCUACGACGACUACGUGCAGGUGUACGAGGGGCUGGGCGAGCGCGGCGACCGCCUGCUGCAGACGCUGUCCUACCGCAGCAACCACCGGCCCGUGAGCCUCGAGGCCGCGCAGGGCCGCCUCACGGUGGCCUACCACGCGCGCGCCCGCAGCGCCGGCCACGGCUUCAACGCCACCUACCAGGUGAAGGGCUACUGCCUCCCGUGGGAGCAGCCGUGCGGGGGCGGCGGCGAGGGCGGCGACGCGGGCGAGCAGGGCUGCUUCUCCGAGCCUCAGCGCUGCGACGGCUGGUGGCACUGCGCCAGCGGCCGCGACGAGCAGGGCUGCCCCGCCUGCCCGCCGGACCAGUACCCCUGCGAGGGCGGCAGCGGCCUGUGCUACACGCCCGCCGACCGCUGCAACAACCAGAAGAGCUGCCCGGACGGCGCCGACGAGAAGAACUGCUUCUCCUGCCAGCCCGGCACCUUCCACUGCGGCACCAACCUGUGCAUUUUCGAGACGUGGCGCUGCGACGGCCAGGAGGACUGCCAGGAUGGCAGCGACGAACACGGCUGCCUGGCGGCCGUGCCCCGCAAGGUCAUCACCGCGGCGCUCAUCGGCAGCCUGGUCUGCGGCCUGCUGCUGGUCAUCGCGCUGGGCUGCGCCUUCAAGCUCUACUCGCUGCGCACGCAGGAGUACAGGGCCUUCGAGACCCAGAUGACGCGCCUGGAGGCUGAGUUUGUGCGGCGGGAGGCUCCCCCAUCCUACGGGCAGCUCAUCGCCCAGGGCCUCAUUCCACCCGUGGAGGACUUCCCGGUCUACAGUGCAUCCCAGGCCUCGGUGCUACAGAACCUUCGCACAGCCAUGCGGAGACAGAUGCGCAGGCAUGCCUCCCGCCGAGGGCCCUCCCGCCGCCGCCUUGGCCGCCUCUGGAACAGGCUUUUUCACCGGCCGCGGGCGCCGCGGGGACAGAUCCCACUGCUGACGGCCGCACGCACCUCACAGACGGUGCUGGGUGAUGGGCUCCUCCAGCCUGCAUCAGGGACCACCCCGGACCCCCCAGCAGCCCUCACGGACACAGGCAGCCCCGUGGCGGCUGGGGAUGGGCCCCCCAGUGCCCCAGGCCACGGGCCAGAAGUGGGAUCCGCUGUGCCACCCUCCUCGGGCCUGCGGGACCCGGAGUGCAGGCUGGUGGACAAGGACAGAAAAGCCGGCAGGGACCCUCUGGUGGACAGCCCGGCCCCUGGGGACAUGCCUCGGGACCCCUGCUCGGCCCAGGACCCUCAUCCCCCGGUUCCCAUUGCCAGCAGCACCCUAGGCCCCCACCCACCAGAGCCACUGGGUGUCUGCAGGAGUCCUCCACCGCCCUGCUCCCCAACGUUGGAGGCCAGUGAUGAUGAGGCCCUGCUGGUCUGCUGACCGCUGGACUUGCUGGUGACCGCCACAGCCCCGCUUUGUAACCAGGGAAUACACAGUCGUUUCUACCC